AUGGGAAGUCGACGCGGAAUCGCGUUGGCGCUUCUCGCCGCCAUGACGAGCUGUCGAUUCGUCGGCGGCGAAUCGACGGCGUCGCACGUCGCCGGCCAAUUUCUGUGCGGCGGCGAGCCGAUCAAGGACCAUCUCCUUUUCGAUCCGAUUGUCGCCGUUCGAUUCAUGCACCGCUGCUAUACCGGAAUGACAAAGGAUGAAGCGGCGGAUCGAUGCCGUCGAAUCGGCGUGUUCGACUACAAUUUUAUUGGGUGCUACACGAAGCUCGAGUUUUCCAAAAAAAUAAAGUUCCAUUUCAUUGAUUUCUCAAAGCAAGCAAACGCGCUCUAUUGCCACAUAAAGAUCAAAAUCGAAAAAUACGUGAAAUUGCCCAUCAGCGGCUCAUUUCUUGACAAAAUGCUCCAGAAACUUGUGCUCGUCGCCGCCGCCGCCGCCAUCGCCCUCAUCAACCCAACAUUCGGCUCGUACGUCGUCGUCCGAAUCAAAGGACGCUUCAUUUGCAAAGGCGAACCCCUUCAGAAUGCCACCGUCAGUCUCGUCGAGAAGAAUGUCUAUCUGGUGAACGUGGAUCUCGCGUUCGGUGCGACGAAUCAAAACGGCGAGUUCGAGAUGGCCGCGUUCGCGUCGGAAUGGAUCAUCAAUCCGUCGGUGACUCUCCGACUCGAGCAUCAUUGCUAUCGCGACAUGACGGAAGCCGAAGCGGCAACGAAGUGCAAUCGUCUCACCGAUUACGACAUUCCGUGGUACUUCAUGCAGUUCGACACGCACGUCGCCAAACGCGUUUAUAGCAUCGGCGAGCAGACGGUCGACUCAACCUACAUCUUCUGGAAUUGCUAUAAAAUGCUUUACAAGUGA